AUGAGUGACGGUGCUUCAGCACAGGCAGGCGCGCUUCAGCCCCCAAUGAGUCCCACUCUCGCCGGCGAAAGGGUCGCUGUGUUAACUGUAGAGGAAGCGCUUUCGGAGCGUGAUGGACCAAUUCCUGAUUACGAGCAAGUCCAAGUGAUUGGCGAUUUCUCCGUAGAGGGUGACCGGUACAUCGAGAGUGCGGCACACAGGAGGUACCUGCGAAAGCCACCUCCCGACAGGACCGAGCAGGACUUGAACGUGGGAUACGAAAAUGUAUCGCCCAGAAUGCCCGCAACAGAAACUUCACACCUUCUCUACUGGAUUAGUCGCCACAAAGACAGAGUGGUGUCACCUCCUUCACCGGAUGAAGACCGACCUUUGACCGCGCUGGAAGACGAAAACCCACGCGUGGUGUUCGUCUGCGGUCGGUUCACACUGCAAACUCUUAUUUGCACACCGCUCGCCAAGGACAACGACUGGCUGCUAGGGGCGUGCAGGCGCCCAGGCAUUGUGUACAUAUACAACCUGGCUGCAAAGUCAAAAGAGGCAGGACUUCCCGAAGGCAUGCAGAACUGGGAACUUCAUCGCCCGCGCCAUUGGGGCGCGCAGUUUCGUCGCAUCAUGACCACAAAACAACCGGAAGGUGCCGGCGAUGACGACAAGGAGCCCGGGGAAACAGGGGCUUACAUCGUCGUCCUCCGCAGCAAACUUGCAUCGCACUCUAUCGUACUUGCUGCCCAAGUGAAAGCGGUGGACCCGUCCGUUCAAUGCGAGCCGGGAUCCACAGCUGGCCUUGUGGAGUUCAAGCUGACUCAAUGCAAACGCAAUUCCUUGAGUGCAAAACAACAAGAAAGGCAGUUAAUGCUGGCGUGGUGGGCCCAAUGUCGCUUGGCUGGCAUCUCGAGAGCGAUGUGCGGCGUCAACAAGGGCAGUACUCUGUCCAGGACGAAAUAUAUGGACGUCAACAAGAUGCUAAAAAUGGCUAAGAAAAACUGGAAAGAAGACGUAUGCUGGCGCUUUGGCGAUUGCUUCCUUUCAUUCAUCAAACAACACAUGACAGAUGAAGACGGAAAAACUGUGUACCUCUUUGAAUACAAGUCAACAUCUAAAGAAAUCGUCUGCAGCCGCCUCACAGCUCCCGAAGAGAGAUACCAGCCUUGGGGAGAGAUACCAGAUUUGUCUGAAGGCGAUGAAAGUGGGCCAUCCAGCUGAGCGUCUCAUCACCGCUCGAGUGGCGCAUCUACAGUCGUUUCUUAUGUUUUAUCUUAUCAAAGACCGAAUGUUUUAUUUCGUGUGGUCAUCGAGUAUAGCUUUUACUGUUCUUGCUGCAGAUGUAUGGCUGCUAUUAUGUCACUGGACGCGUGAACUGUAUAUUGUUUUCACAGUUUCGUAAAUUUUAAUACUUGAACUUGCAGUAAAGUUUCAAUUUCU